AUGGGGUGUGCAAAAUCCAUUCCAGAAGCAAGUUAGCCAAAACAAAUUUCAAAUUAAAAGGGUAAUAACAAAUCUUCUGUAGCUUAAAAGGCUUAAGUGAAGCAUAAUCAAGUUUAGGUUUCAUCAGAGUAAAAUAAAGAUUUCAGAUACAAUGAGAACGAAAGCAACAGUGAUAACGAAUCAAUUAGCAGUAGAAAAAAUAAUAAAAAAAAGAAUAAAUAGGAUAAGGAAGUAAAUAUGAAUUAGCAAAAUCCUGCUUUUCCCUCUCAACAGUUAAAUCCUUCUAACGUGAAUAUAGAAGAAGGAAACAAUGCUAACGAUAAUGAAGAAUUGUUGCUUUAGCAGAAAAUAUAAGAUAACUAAAAUAAAUUCUUAGAGAAUUUAAAGAAAUAAGAUACUUAAAAUGAAUUUAUUUUGAAGUCGGAAAAAAAUUUAAAUAAUGAUAACUAAGAAAAUGAUGAUAACAAAGAGAAUAUAUACAUGCAAUCAAACAACAAUGAAUAAUAUAUCCCCACUCAAUCAACAAAAGCUUAUGGUAAAUAAGAAAGUGUUUUAAAUGAAAACUAUUGUAAUAUCCUUCGCUAACAGUCAAUUAAUAAUAAUAAUUAUCCCAUGAAUAGCGGAAUCUCAAUAAAUGGAUCAAUUAAUAUGCUUAAUUCUGGAUCAAGGUUGUAAAAUUCAAAUAUUGUCACUUCUGGUCUAGAUUACGAAAAAAAGAAAAGAGAGUUAAUAAGAAAAGUUAGUGACGAUAUUGAUGAAAUUGAAGAAAUAGAUGAAAAUAACUUCCAAUUUGGAGCAACGAACAAGGAAUCUAAUAAACUAAAAAGCAACUUGCUCAAGCCUAAAAAGCUGGAAUAUUAAGAUGAUGAAAAUGAUGCUGAUAUCUACUUGAAAUAACAAAAACAAUAAAUUAAAUAAAAAACAGAUAUAACAAAUAAUAACAGUAAAAUAACAAAUAUUAAUAAUAUUGCAGACGAUGAUGAUGAGUUUUGA